AAGAAUCGUUACAACAUGUCAGAUACAGAUUUUAAUGGAGUACGAGAGGAGAAAACGCAACUCGCGGAAUGACGGCUAUCAAAAAGGAUGACACCAACGCUGAUGCCACCGAUAAAACGUCGCCGAAAAUGUCCAACGCGAUGUCUCCGACUCUACAACAGAGCUGUAUCUUCGGGAUCAGACACGUGCAGGCGGUGUUACUGUUCCUGGGCAUGACCAUGGGGUACAGUCUCAGGGUGACGAUGUCGGUGGCCAUAGUGGCGAUGGCAGACGCAAAAACCGCGAAUCCCGAUAUCGAGGAUUACGGUUGGAGCCCGGUGGAGAAGAAUUUGGUGCUCAGCUCAUUCUUCUGGGGUUACGCGAUAACGCAGGUGCCGAGCGGUUAUAUCGCCGGCAUCUGGAGCGGCCAGAAGCUGCUUAGCAUCGGGAUGCUGCUGUGCGGCGUCUUCAACAUCGUUACGCCGAUUGUCGCCAGCCAGUGGGGUCUGCCGGCCGUUCUGGUUUGCAGGGUGGGCAUGGGUCUCAUGCAGGCUUGCAUGUUACCUUGCGUACACACUCUCCUCUCCAAGUGGGCGCCACCCUCUGAGAGGGCACGAUUAGGAACUUUUGCUUAUGCGGGCGCCCAAUUUGGCACGGUGAUUGCUAUGCCAAUUUCCGGAUUUCUCGCUGUAUCGAGCAUAGGUUGGCCCAGCAUCUUCUACCUAUUCGGUGCAGUAACGAUUCUCUGGAGUACGGUUUUCUUCUAUUACGGGGCGGACUCACCGGCCGAGCAUCGUAGCAUUUCUCAAAAAGAAAGAGAAUACAUAGAGGAAAGUUUGAGAACCACGGAAACGAAAGAUGAAGAUAAAAAUGAAUCCAAGCAGAAACGUAUACCAUGGAAGAAGAUAUUCACUUCGCUUCCCAUGUGGGCGCUUAUAAUAACCCAUUGCAGUCAAAAUUGGGGAUAUUGGACUCUAUUGACGGAAAUGCCUAAUUACAUGACGGGUGUAAUGAAAAAUAUCGAGAAGAGCGGUUUAUUCUCGGCGCUGCCAUACUUGGUCAUGUGGAUCCUCAGCUUUCCCUUCAGCUGGCUGUCCGAUUACGCGUUAAAGAAAGGCGCAUCCAGGGGUACGGUCAGAAAGGUUUGCAAUACAGUGGCCCACUGGGGCCCGGCUGUCGCCCUGGGGUUGAUGAGCAUCGUACCCAUCAACAAUUACAUCUGGGCCGUUGUCAUCCUUACCGUGGCGGUGGGUCUGAACGCCGGAUCUCUAUGUGGUUACCAGAUCAAUCAUAUCGAUCUCAGUCCAAACUUCGCGGGCACGAUGAUGUCCAUUACUAAUUGCAUCGCAACUAUUGCAGCCAUUAUCGCGCCUCUCAUAUGCAGUUUGAUCGUCACCGACGAGAGCAACGUGUAUCAAUGGAAUAUCGUGUUCUAUGUCUCAGCAGCGAUUUUCUUUUUUGGUAAUCUGAUAUUCGUGAUAUUCGGCAAGGGUGAAGUGCAAUGGUGGAAUGAUCCUGAGGAAGUUCAAAUUCGACGGCAAAAACGGAAAGAAGAUAUAGAAGAUAAGAGAUAAACUUGAAAUUCAUAUUAAUUACGUGAAAUACGUCUUUAGGAUUUGUCAAAUUUAUCACUGGGGUUAAUGUGUGACGUAAAUCAGAUUAUAAAUGGAAAGUUAUAUAGGACCAAUAGAACUGAUCUAUGUUAAUACUUAUAAGUUAUAUAUUUUUCGCUCUGUUCCUGAUUACGAGUCCAAAUGUCUUGUUACAAUUUUAACUGUGUCAAAGUACUUGAAAAAAAAAUCUAAAAAAAUUUAUAUAUACCUUGACACAUCUGUAGAACAUGAUCAUGUAUAACAAAAGUUAAAAAAUAAAUUUUAAACAUUUUUUGAAUUA